ACCCUGUGGCCGACCUGGCAGCGCCGUAGCGGUCGGUGUGGUGAGGCGGUCUGCGACGGGCGGGCGAACACAUUCGCCGCAUCGCGUUGAUCUCAUUAGUAGUCUCACUUCUCACACAAGUCGAUUUUCCCGCGUCGAGGCGUACGCCCGCUUCGUUAGUUCGCGCCAAAAUGUCAUCAAUUCGAAAUACGAACGUAUAUCUACAACGAUUAUUUGAAGCAAUUCUCUUUUUUACAUAUUAUUCUUAACGUCAGUAGAAAAAAUCGUUGAAGUGAUUCGUGAAAAUUGCCAUGUGCAUGUUGUGCUGUUAACUUUUUUUUACAAUGGACACAGUUUGUGUUGUAAGUUUUAUUUAGUGCGUGAGAAUUUUCUGUUAUCAAAAACAUGGUCCGAGGAUUUUAUUUUUUAGUUUUGCUUGUUCUCCAUUCGCUCGCCAAAGCAAAUAGUUCUAGUCUACUAUGUGGUCGUACGAACAAGAAGGACUUAGGACUGAACUCCGCUACCGGAACGGCCCUCGCUCUUGCCUUGGUGAGGCCUCCGACUGCUCCACUGGCGCCUUGUCAGCUGAAUCUGUCAGCUCCGGAAGCCACCGCUUUUGCCGUUCGACUUAUUGAUGUUAAGGAAUCAUUGUCCGAUUGGGAGCGGGGCUUCACCGAGCUUCAGGCGUCAGGAGCCGCCGGCCGCAAGUGGAGCGCGCGGGCUCCAGCUCACGCACAAGACACCGCUACCGACCAAGCAGCGCCCGCCAAUAACAACACUGACGCUUGUAAAUUGCUUGUGUACGUGUCUGAUGCGAAGAAUCCAGCAUGGCGUUUGUCGUUAUGUGGUGGGAACUCGGUGGCCAUCGCUGCAAGAGCUGGAACGAAGCUGCUGCCGCCGAAGAUCAAGAUAGUCUGGAAUCCACCCAGCUCGCCAUACCAACAUACAGAGAAACUGCGUCUCGUGGUUGCCGCUGUUUAUAGUGGUGCCGUUUGUAGCAAUGAGUCUCAGUUCGUAUGUGGCGCAACGAAUCUCUGCGUUUCUUCGUAUUUGGUCUGCGAUGGAGUCCGCCACUGUCCCGGCGGAGAAGAUGAGGACCCUAGUGCUUGUUCUCAUAGACGGGACCCUCCUCUGCUGGAACUCCUCAGGAGGUUUGCUGCCAGAAAUCAAGAGCUGCUCGGUCUGGACCAGCCUGAAGGCAUAACAAAGCCUUCAGUCAUAAUGAAGAUCAGUGAAAGUGAGAAGUCUUCGAACGCGUUCAUGGAGUUCGCGGCUGCCCUGAAGCCGUACGGACCUUGGAGCUACCUCGUGGUCGGGAUGCUGGUCUGCGCCACCAUACUCAUGUUCUGUCUGGCUUGGGAAUGUUGCUGUAAGCGCUCCAAGCCUUCGGAUACCCCCCUCAACAUGCCGGCCUCGUGUAUCGACCUAUCACCGACCGUCACAGUGACGGCUGCCUCGCAACAGCUGUUCACGCAGCCCCUGCCCCCAACCCCUCCCGAGUACGAGCCGCCCCCGUCGUACGCCUCCCUCUUCCCUAGAGCUUUCAAAUCAUCCCCCACUCCGGUACCGCACUGCUCGCACCAAGAGCCCCCGGAUUGAAAUGUUUAGUUUAUCAAAUUUGUAGGUUACGUAGGCAGCGGAACAAGACAAUUCGCUAUUAAUCUUCUUGUAAAUAGCUUUAAUAGUAAAUCUUAUUCCAAUAAAACUUUUGUAUUCGUUUUUUUUUUUUUUUUUUUUUUUAAUGUUUUGCUCUUGCAAGCAGGCAAUGGACUGAGUCCUUACAGCCUCGUCUUUCGUAAAAUUCGUCUUAAGUUUUUAAGUAACAAUGUAUUGUCUUCCGUUUUUUUUUUUUUUUUGAUUAGUUAUUUUUACAAAAGUUUUCGAAUAUAAAAAUAUGUAUUUACCAUUCAAAUUAUAAUCAAUCUAAGUUAAGUUUUAUAAUUCAUAUUUCACUUGAUCUGUCAUUCUUUACAAGUAAAAAAAGCAUUCUGUUGGAAUACCUACUGUAGGCGCGCGAGUUCAUGUCCAUCCUGAGGAAUGCGGUAGUGCUGUGACCUAAUUAAUUAUGGUAAUGUCGAUAAUAACUACCGAUUUAGUCAACAGCUGUCAAUUUGGUUUAAUGUAACUUAAGGUAACUUUGCAAUUUAUGAAAUAAAAUAAAUGUGAUAAGUAAUUACUUGUUUAUUUCUAAUAGAGAAAAAUAUUUUUUAAAUUUCAAUUCAAUCACUAUAGAAUGAAAAGACAACCGACAGAUCAGAGUCGGAAUCAGUAUGUAUCUUUUUUCAGUAGGUUUUUUUCUAUCUGAACUUGUUGGAAGUGGAGUAGUCAUAGUUAAAUAACACAAUAGCGUUAGCGUAAAUUUUCGAUAUCGAUAAACGCGCGUCACAACCGUCAGGACAACACUCGACGUCAGAGAAAUGCGGGCAGGCGGGCGAAGGGGAGGACGAGCUGUCCCCGAGCGUCGCCUCUGGCCCCGAUGGACAUGAACUCGCGUGCAUACAGUAGGUAGGAUCUACCCAAAAAAAUCAAAUACGUAGGUCUAAUAAGUGUCUUCAUUUGAAAAAAUAAUAAUAUAAAGGUGUUGUCAGCCUUAAAUAAAACAUCAAUGUGUUUUUUUUUUUUUUUUUUUUUUGCUUAGAUGGGUGGACGAGCGCACAGCCCACCUGAUGUUAAGUGGUUACUGGAGCCCAUAGACAUCUACAACGUAGACGCGCCACCCACCUUGAGAUACAAGUUCUAAAGUCUCAGUAUAGUUACAACGGCUACCCCACCCUUCAAACCGAAACGCAUUACUGCUUCACGGCAGAAAUAAGCAGGGCGGUGGUACCUAUCCGCGCGGACUCACAAGAGGUCCUACCACCAGUAAAUGUUCAUGUGUUACAAUCGUUUUAAAUUGUAAAAUAUUAAAUUCGAGUCUUUUACUAGCUGCCCAGGGACCAAUGUAACUGUAAAAUGGUUUCUAAACUGAAUUUAACAUUUAACAGAACUGAAUCCUAUCGAAAAUAAAUCCUUUAAUGAAUUCGGUAGGCGUUUUGUAAAAAAAAACAAGAGAUUUUAUCUUUGUCAUUUAUCUCUUCAUACCUUAUAAUUAAGUUAUUAAGUUUACCGGAUGCUUGCGUGUUUCUUGUGCAUCUGUGUGACUUCUAUUCGAUUUUAUAAUGUCUUUGAUAUUUGUAUUAAUACAUACGUUUCCUAAAACUGUCAAAACAGGAAUGUUGUCAAAACGAAAAAUCUGGUUUUAAAUUAAAAUUUUAAACUUAGCAAAACAUUUUUUUUUUUGGCGUCUGUCCGUUUUCUGUAAGUCUGUUUGUAAGUUGCGAACUAUUUCGUUAUUUUGACAUUAUCUACGACAGGUACAUAUUCAUUCAUUAAUUCAGGCAGUAGUUACACUAGCUUCAACAGAAGCCAAUUUUUGUAUCAGCUUCUUUCUUAUAUCUUAAAUACUUUCUUAGAUGAACUAAUUUAUAUUUAAAAUUUCGCCUAUCAAUAUCCUUAACUUAUACAUAUCUUUUUUUAAUAUUUGAAAACUGAAUCCACAAUGACACCUAAGCUGCGAUAAAAAAAAAACUACACGCUAAUAAUCUGUAUCCCUAACGGAAACGAAAACUAAUUUUUAAAUUGGGAAUAAUUAUUUAUCAUUUUAGUAAUUUCAUAUUUCGAACCGAUACCCCGUGACGUAACAGAUCAACGACCCUGCGAGUCAGCUGACUUGCAUCUGCAAUACAACGAGUUCGAUUCAACAAAGCGUUACAAAUAAAAACAUCACGACUAUUUUUAAGUGCUUUUUAAGACAACUUAUUCGAAAUUAUAAGCAAUUUCGUCAUUUCCAAUAACAUUUUUAAUACAGUAGAAUAAAUAUUAAUAUUAAUCCAAUUAAUCUAUCCUGCGUUGUUUCUUAUCGAUUAAAAUACUAUAGGUCCGUUAUCGAAAUAUUUUUGUCGGAUUAAUAACCUUUCAUCAUGAAAGUAACACAUGGAAUCAGAAUACCUGUCCUGGUAAAACUGGAAAGGCCUCCGGACCAACAGUAAUCCUAUCUUCAUAAAAAAAGGAAUUAGAAUGUUGAAUUAAUUUUGUUUAAGUCAAAAGAACAUUUACCAAGGCUUUCAGCAGUAUGUAGCUGUAGAAGUUCUACAAUUCAUCGAAAUUAUUACUUACAUAAACAAUGAAUAAAAUAAAUAAAUAAUACACAUUUAAAUAUACAAUAAUAUAAAUAAAAACAUAAAUACAUGUUUAAAAAAUACUUUUUUAUUCUCACUCCUAAAAAUACCAAUGAACGCAGAUAACAUUAAAUUUUGAGUUUUAUUGAAUACACGAGGAUCAUAAAAUCUACAACGAAUUUGAAUAAAGUUGAUGAGACCCCUAGAAGUAAUAAGUAAUCAUAUAUUUUAAGGAGUUUUAUUUGUGUUUAUGAAGUAAGUGAUGUUUAUAAUAAUAUUGUUUGGAUGAACGUGUAGACGUGAGUGCUGUAACUAGUCCCAUAGGAAAUAAUAUAUAACCGUGCAGACAAAAUAGUCUUGAAAUGAAAUAAAUUAUCGGUCCUGUUUGACGUCACAGCAAUAUAUGUAUGUGAAAAAAGUGAUUUAUAAUAGUGAUACUAAUUAAAAAUAUAUUUAUUUAAA